AUGAAGCUUGACGAACAUGUUGGUGGACCGAAUAGCGUUCAUAAUAAAGCAAAGAAAAAAUGUGAUGAUCUAAUGCAACAAAGACAGUCCAUUCGGUUGCCACUUCGCGGUCAUGAUGAAAGUGAAUCCUCAUUGAACAGAGAUAAUUUUAUUAAAUUUCUUUCCUGGUACACAGAUAGGUGUGAAAACAUCAAACCGUUCGGAUAUGUUGAUAAAAAAGAAUUUGUAAUGGAAGCAUUUAUUGGACUUGUUCAUGUUAAAGAUACUAGUGCUAUAUCUUUAAAGAAAACACUUGUUAAUGUGCUUGAUGUACGCAGACAAUGUUAUGAUGGAGCAAGCAAUAUGCAAGGUGAUAUCAAUGGUCUUAAAAUGUUGAUUAAGAAAGAAAGUAAAUCGGCUCAUUCUAUUCAUUGUUUUGCUCAUCAACUUCAACUAAAUCUUGUCACGGUUUCAAAAAAAUGUUUUCAAGUGGGAGAACUUGUGCUAUUGGUUUCAAAUAUUUUGAAUGUGUUGGGAGAUUCUUUUAAGCGAAUGGAUGAACUACGACAAUCUCAAAAAGAUAAUCUUCAAAAGACAUUAGAUAUGGAUGAAAUAGAAAUAGGUUGA